AUGCUUCUCUCUAGCAUCAUCUACAGUCUCAUUACGGCGACACUCGUCGCAGCGCAUCCUUCCAUCCCUCCGCAGACACCAAUCCUCAGCCCCAAACCCUCCGAUCAUGACAGCAGCACCAACAACAUCUCCCUCGCGCUCUUCGCCGAGCUCGAAGAGCUCUCGCGCAUCGUCGACAUCUCCUACUGCGUCGGCACGACCGGCAUCUUCAAGCCGUUUGUCUGCGCCUCCCGCUGCGCCGAGUUUCCCGCCUUCGAGCUCGUCGACACCUUCAACACCGGGCCCUUGAUGAGCGAUUCUUGCGGUUACAUCGUGCUCGACCACGGGUCGGGAUGGGUGGGGAAUGGCCGAGUGCUGGUCGUGUUCAGGGGCACGUAUAGUAUCGCGAACACGAUUGUGGAUCUGAGUACCGUUCCCCAGGAGUAUGUGCCGUUUCCUGGGAGCCCGGAUAGCUCGAGUGAGCCUGCGGUGGGCAGGGAGAGGCACCAUAGGUCGUGGCGGGACUGGAUCCCGUGGCAUAGGAAAGAUGGGGGGGAGAGGAAAGAGGAGGUGUCGGAGAUGGAGGAAGAGGAGUCUAAAUGCUUGAACUGUACGGUGCAUACGGGGUUCUGGACGUCCUGGCAGAACGCUAGACGUUUAGUCCUCCCGCAUAUUGCGGCGCUACAUCUGCAGUACCCGGAUUACCGCCUUGAUCUUGUUGGACAUUCGCUGGGCGGAGCCGUGGCCGGUCUUGCGGCGCUGGAAUUCGACGCCCUAGGACUCCAACCUGUUGUCACGACGUUCGGGGAGCCGAGGAUUGGGAACUCGGGGUUGAGGAAUUAUAUCGAUAAGAAGUUUGACCUACCUUCGGAGCAUGGGAUUAAUGGGAGCAAGGAGGUGAGCAGUGGACGAUACCGACGGAUAACGCAUAUCGAUGACCCGGUCCCUCUGCUUCCGCUGCAGGAAUGGGGAUACAGAUCGCAUGCCGGCGAGCACUUCAUCUCGAAAGCGUCACUGCAGCCCACCCUCUCCGACAUCCGCCUCUGCUACGGCGACGAAGACACAAAUUGCAUCGCCAGUUCCGAAGCUGGCGAAUCGUGGUUUGACUACGAGGUUGCUACAGACGCUGCCAAAACGUAUAACGAGCUUGAAGGCGACGCCGACUUCGAACAGAAUGACAGGACUAGCGCCGAGGGACUGGGCAAGAGAUGGGGUAUCCCGAUCCCGGCGCGGUAUAAGAUGUGGCAGCUGUUCUUCGCGCACAGGGACUAUUUCUGGCGCUUGGGGCUUUGCGUGCCGGGUGGCGAUCCGUUGGAUUGGGGGAGGGACAAGUAUCGGUUUGGAGAUGAAGGGGGAGGAGACGGAGAGCAGCAGGAGGCGAUGGAGGAACUGUAA